GGGAUGUUCAAAAAUACGCGGACGAAGUUGGAGAAUGUUACAAAAAUGCCGAAUAUAAUAGAAGGAUUUGCAGCGUAUUACUUAAACGUGUAUAUAGUGUUGCAAGCGAAGUGAAAGUUUUAGGUCUCCUAAAAGAUGAUUACAGUUGGUUUUUUGAAAAUAACGAUAAUUAUCCGAUUUUUCAAGGAUUGGUUAAAUUAAUUGAAAAAGUCAAAAAUUUUGUCAUUGAUAUUUCGCAGUUGCAAGGUGUUGGCAAAUACUUUAAUGAAUAUCGAGGCCCCGAAUUUUUGGAAAGAAAAUAUUAUAGUCUUAUCGGAGAAUUCGAAACGUCUACAGAAGCACUUACUCAUGUGUUAAAAG